UAUCGAACUUUGCCAUAAGCGCGUGUAGACAUUUAGGUUAUCUCGGUAGUCGACCUAACUGUUCUGUCAGUUUGCGAAAAAUGGCGACCGAGGUGGAGAAGGCACAAUCAGCUGUGCCGGAAAGCGAUACGAUAUUUGGAAAAAUACUGCGAAAAGAAAUUCCAUGCAACUUUAUUUACGAGGAUAAUCAGUGCGUUGCAUUUGAUGAUGUAAAUCCUCAAGCACCUGUGCACUUGGUGAUUCCACGGAAACCAAUUCCGCAGCUUUCCAAAGCUCAAGAUGAAGAUGAACCUUUACUUGGCCACUUGAUGAAUAUCGCUCAUAAAGUUGCAAAGCAAGGCUUAACAAAUGGAUUUCGCUUGGUUAUCAACGAUGGAAAUGGUGCACAGUCUGUGUAUCAUCUGCAUUUGCAUGUCCUCGGUGGUCGACAAUUGGAAUGGCCACCUGGCUAAUGUGUCCAUUUGCACAAAUAUACAAACAGCAUUUUUAUUAUA